AUGGCUUCAGAAGGUGAAUCCAAGAAUGUCAUCUCUCAGGAGCGGGACGAGUCUCCAGUUUCGGGGGAGAAGCAGGUCUAUGAGAAGACCGCGCACUCGGAGAAUGGCUAUGGUCCUGAGCGCGUGAACAUGAAUCAGAAUCUUUCGGCUAAAAUCAAGAACCCGUUGGCCAGUAUACCGCAUGAACAGCUCAUCCGAGAUGUCGAAGCCUUCGCCAAGGAGCACGAAAUGAAUGAUAUUGCUCCAUCUCUGAUCAAGGGAGCUCUCGUCGCGAAGGACCCUCCCGUGUUCGAGUCCGUGGAAGGCAUGACAGAGCACGAGAAGGAGGCCAUCCGCAAUGAAGUGCUUCACAAGUGGCGGCAACCACGCGCUUUGUAUUUCACAAUCAUCCUCUGCUCGAUCGGCGCAGCCGUGCAGGGCUGGGAUCAGACGGGUUCGAACGGCGCCAAUCUCAGCUUCCCUGUCGCGUUCAACAUCUCAGACUCCGAGACACUCGAGAAUGGUGAUCCCAACCCGGACUACCGCAAAAAUCAAUGGCUCGUUGGCCUCAUCAACGCUGCACCCUACAUCGCCUCUGCCUUCCUUGGUUGCUGGAUGUCGGAUCCACUGAACUUUUACUUCGGUCGACGAGGAACAAUCUUCUUCUCCGCCGCCUUUUGCUGCCUCAGCGUCAUCGGAUCUGGUCUCACACAGAACUGGUGGCAACUCUUUAUCACCAGAAUCCUAUUGGGCAUCGGCAUGGGAAGCAAAGCCAGCACCGUCCCCAUCUUCUGCGCAGAAAAUGCCCCUGCUGCUGUUAGAGGAGGUCUGGUCAUGUGUUGGCAAAUGUGGACAGCCUUCGGCAUCUUCCUCGGCUUCUGCGCGAACCUGGCUGUAAAAGACACCGGCGACAUCUCCUGGCGCCUGCAACUCGGAUCCGCAUUCAUCCCAGCAGUCCCCCUCUGGGUAGGCGUGUAUUUUUGCCCCGAAUCCCCGCGCUGGUACAUCAAGAAGGGCAAAUUCCACAAGGCUUUCCAGUCCCUGAAGCGUCUGCGCAACACCGAGCUCCAGGCCGCUCGCGACUUGUACUACAUCUAUGCCCAGAUCCAAGCCGAGCAGACUCUGGUGCACAAGUCGAACUAUGUCACUCGAUUCAUCCAGUUGUUCACCAUCCCGAGAGUUCGACGAGCAACACUCGCAUCGUUCACGGUCAUGAUCGCGCAGCAAAUGUGCGGCAUCAACAUCAUCGCUUUCUAUUCUUCGACGGUGUUCAAGCAGGCGGGUGCGUCCGUGACCGGUGCGCUUUUGGCGUCCUGGGGAUUCGGCCUCGUCAACUUCCUUUUCGCGUGGCCGGCUAUCUGGACUAUCGAUACGUUCGGACGUCGGUCGCUGUUGCUGUUCACGUUCCCGCAGAUGGCGUGGACGCUGCUCGCGGCUGGGAUGUGUUUCUUCAUCCCAGAGUCAAGCAGUGCUCAUCUUGGGUUGAUAGCCCUGUUCAUUUUCCUGUUCGCAGCUUUCUACUCUCCUGGUGAGGGUCCGGUGCCUUUCACGUAUUCGGCGGAAGUGUUCCCGCUGUCUCACAGAGAGGUCGGAAUGGCUUGGGCUGUGGCCACCUGUCUUUUCUGGGCUGCCGUGCUGUCCAUCACUUUCCCGCGCAUGCUGAACGCCAUGACUGCUCAAGGCGCAUUCGGCUUCUACGCCGCCCUCAACGUCACAGCCCUCGUGAUGAUCUUCCUCUGGGUCCCAGAAACCAAGCAGCGCACGCUCGAGGAGCUCGACUACAUCUUCGCCGUCCCCACUCGCACACACAUGAAGUACCAGUGUUUCACCGUGCUACCAUGGUGGUUCAAGCGCUAUAUCAUGCGGAACAAGGACGCCGUCUGCCCUCCGCUGUACACCUUCGAGGGCCAUGUUGACAAUGACGAUGAGUUUGUCCAGACGAUCAGACGGCAGAGUCAUGCGAGUGGAACGGGCGAGACCAGACGCUUUAGUUUGGCUAACGUGACCAAGAAGUUGUAA